UAAACAGCUCCACAGGCGGGUAGCUAACAGGCUAGCUACUCAGUUUUGUGCAGAAAUGUUGUAACAUUGAAAGUUUUAUGAUAAUAACACAACAUUCUAAACGUCCUUAAUAGUAACUGUCACUUUCAGUUCCUGUUUAGCUUUAAGAUGUAUAAUGUAUAAUAAACCGUUAGCCGCAUGCUAACAGCUGAUGGUUGGAGGAGUUUAGCGUGAAUAGGUGCGCGCUGAGCGGUGAGAGCUCCGACUCGAGUCCGCGGCUUCGUUCCGGCCUUCUGUAAAUACUGCCCAGGAUGUCGGACUCAGACAGCGAGGAGGAUCAGGACCGUCCCUUCCAUCUGACGGGCUUCCUGUUCGGAAACAUCAACGAGGAUGGACAGCUGGAGGACGACAGUGUGUUGGACACGGAGAGUAAGAAGCACCUGGCGGGUUUGGGUUCUCUCGGGCUGGGGGCGCUCAUCACAGAGAUCACCUCCACCGAGGAGGACGACGAGCAGAACACCGACGCCGACGGUUGGGUGAAGAGCACUGAUGAUGCGGUGGAUUAUUCAGACAUCACUGAAGUUGCUGAAGAUGAAACUCGUAAAUGCAGACAAGCCAUGAGCAGCAUGCAGCCGUCACACACACACGAUGACGAGGACGAUUACGAUGCAGACUCGGAGGACAUUGAUGCCAAGCUCAUGCCUCCUCCUCCACCUCCCAGCCAGCCAAUCCCAGCUAAGAAAGACGACCCGCCCACUCAGAGCUCCAGUGUGAGUGAUGAAGGAGACGGAAUCAUUCUACCCUCCAUCAUCGCUCCCUCCUCCGCCGGUGAGAAGGCCGAGUUCAGCAGCUCCUCAGACAGCGAGAGCGAAUGCGAUAGGCCGGCAUCCAUGGGAGGGGCGGGGCAUCAGUCUAGUCUUACUCUCCCAUUGGCUGGCAUCAUGCAAAAGGACGCGAGUAAAUCUCUGCCGCAGGUCACAGAGCUUUUCCCCGAAUUCAGACCCGGCAAGGUGUUGCGGUUUCUGCGGUUGUUCGGGCCGGGUAAGAACAUGUCAUCGGUGUGGCGCAGCGCCCGCCGGAAGAGGAAGAAGAAGCACAAGGACGCGCACUCGGACACGCCCGCUGCUGACGGCGAAUCACAAGCUUCAGAAGGCGGAGCUACGAAGAAAUCUGGUUGGGAUUAUGACUAUGCCCCGCCCCCUCCACCAGAGCAAUGCCUGUCUGAUGAUGAGAUCUCAAUGAUGGCGCCGGUGGAGUGUAACAGUGUGUCGGUGGUGUGUGAGGGUGAAGGUGUGUGUGAGCUGAGGCCGCGUGUGGCAGAGUGGCGCUACGGUCCGGCUCAGCUGUGGUACGACAUGUUGGGCGUGCCCGAGGACGGCUCAGGGUUCCACUACGGCCUCAGCCUGCGCCAGGACGGCACGCCAACCGACACACACCCUGAAACGCAAACCGACACGCACGACGAUACUGAAAACGACACACACACCGAUACGGAGCAGUGCAGCGAGCAGGAGCUGGAGGACGAGCUCUUCCUGAUGGUUACCCAGCUACAGUGGGAGGAUGACAUUAUCUGGAACGGAGAAGACGUGAAACACAAGGGCACUAAGACCCAGCGGGCGAGUCUGGCAGGGUGGCUUCCCUCUAGCAUGACCCGCAACGCCAACGCCUACAACGCCCAGCAGGGUCUGAAUCGCAGUAAUUCCCAGCUGGUUCCUCCGACUCCACCACCAAUGCCCAAAGCACCAUCUAUUACUGGGUCCAAACGAGACAAACACGGUCAAGACCACCUGGUUUCCUAUGAAGGCGAUUCUCCCUGGUACUCCAUAUUCCCCAUCGAUAAUGAUGAGCUGGUGUAUGGGCGAUGGGAGGACCACAUUAUUUGGGAUGAUCAGAACAUGGACCGUCUCCUGACUCCUCCGGUCCUCACUCUGGACCCCAACGACGAGAACAUCAUACUGGAGAUCCCUAGUGAGAAGGAAGAGAGAACGUCUCACUCUCCGUCCAAGGAUAACAAGAAGGAGUCGUCCCUGAAAAAGAGCCGAAUUCUGCUCGGCAAGACGGGCGUCAUCAAAGACGAACCACAGCAGAACAUGUCUCAGCCGGAAGUCAAGGACCCGUGGAAUCUGUCCAACGAUGAGUUCUACUACCCCAAACAGCAGGGGCUGAGGGGCACCUUCGGUGGCAACAUCAUCCAGCACUCUAUUCCAGCGCUGGAGCUGAGGCAGCCGUUCUUCCCCACACACAUGGGUCCGAUGAAGCUGCGUCAGUUCCAUCGUCCCUCCCUCAAGAAGUACUCGUUCGGUCAUCUGUCUCAACCUGGACCCCAUCCAGUCCAGCCGCUCCUCAAGCAAAUCAAGAAGAAAGCCAAGACGAGGGAGCAGGAGCGACAGGCUUCAGGAGGAGGCGAUAUGUUCUUCAUGCGCACCAAUCAGGAUCUUACGGGCAAAGACGGAGACCUGAUCCUGGCAGAGUACAGCGAGGAGUACCCGCCACUCAUGAUGCAGGUCGGCAUGGCAACCAAGGUCAAAAACUACUACAAGAGGAAACCUGGUAAAGAUCCCGGUGCUCCAGAUUAUAAAUACGGAGAGAACGUUUACUGCCAUACUUCACCUUUCCUCGGAUCCCUACAUCCCGGUCAGCUGCUGCAGGCGUUCGAGAACAACCUGUUCCGAGCUCCCAUCUACCUGCACAAGAUGCCGCAGACGGAUUUCCUGAUCAUCCGGACGCGGCAGUGUUACUUCAUACGGGAGGUGCUGGAUAUAUUCUCGGUGGGACAGGAGUGCCCGCUCUACGAAGUGCCAGGGCCCAACUCUAAACGUGCCAACACACACAUCCGGGACUUCCUACAGGUGUUUAUCUAUCGGCUGUUCUGGAAGAGUAAGGACCGACCCAGGAGAAUUCGGAUGGAGGACAUAAAGAAGGCGUUUCCCUCUCACUCCGAGAGCAGCAUCCGCAAACGCCUCAAACUGUGUGCUGACUUCAAACGUACAGGAAUGGAUUCUAACUGGUGGGUGCUGAAGCCCGACUUUCGGCUUCCUACGGAGGAGGAGAUCAGAGCCAUGGUUUCACCAGAACAGUGCUGCUCCUACUACAGCAUGCUGGUAGCUGAACAGAGACUCAAGGAUGCAGGUUAUGGAGAGAAGUCGUUCUUCGCUCCAGAAGAAGAGAAUGAGGAAGACUUCCAGAUGAAGAUCGAUGAUGAGGUGCGCACCGCUCCGUGGAACACCACCCGGGCCUUUAUUGCAGCCAUGAAGGGGAAGUGUCUGCUGGAGGUGUCAGGUGUGGCCGAUCCCACCGGCUGUGGAGAGGGAUUCAGCUACGUCAAAGUACCAAACAAACCCACCCAGCAGAAGGAUGAGCGUGAGCCUCAGCCUGUUAAGAAGACAGUGACGGGUACAGACGCUGAUCUGCGACGUCUCUCGCUGAAAAACGCCAAACAGCUGCUGCGCAAGUUCGGCGUUCCAGAGGAGGAGAUUAAGAAGCUGUCCCGUUGGGAGGUGAUCGAUGUGGUGCGCACCAUGUCUACAGAACAGGCGCGUUCAGGAGAGACUCCGAUGAGUAAAUUUGCCCGAGGGUCGCGGUUCUCCGUCGCGGAGCAUCAGGAGCGCUACAAGGAGGAGUGUCAGCGCAUCUUCGACCUGCAGAACAAGGUGCUGGAGAGUACGGAGGUGUUGUCCACAGAUACGGACAGCAGCUCGGCCGAGGACAGCGACUUCGAGGAGAUGGGCAAGAACAUCGAGAACAUGCUGCAGAACAAGAAGACCAGUUCUCAGCUGAGCCGUGAGAGAGAGGAGGAGGAGAGGAAGGAGCUGCAGCGCAUGCUGAUGGGUGACGAGGCGGGCGAUCGCGACAAGAGCCGGAAGGAUCGACGGAAAGCUUUCUCGAGCGCUCAGUCCACCAGCUCAUACAAAGACGACGACGCCUCCUCAGUAACGAGUCUGAACUCGUCGGCGUGUGGCAGGCGGCUGAAAAUUUACCGCACGUUCCGCGACGAGGACGGUAAAGAUUACGUGCGCUGUGAGACCGUCCGCAAACCCACCGUCAUCGAUGCUUACCUGCGCAUCCGCAGCACCAAGGACGAGGACUUCAUUCGUAAGUUUGCUCUGUUUGAUGAGCAGCACAGGGAGGAGAUGCGUAAGGAGCGCAGGCGCAUACAGGAGCAGCUGCGCAGGUUAAAGCGCAACCAGGAAAAGGACCGCUUCAAGGGUCCGCCCGAGAAACGUCCCAAAAAAGCCAAGGAGAGGCCAGAUCUGAAGCUGAAAUGUGGAGCGUGUGGCGAGAUCGGUCACAUGAGGACCAACAAGUUCUGCCCGCUGUACUACCAGACGAACGCCCCGCCCACCAACCCGGUCGCCAUGACGGAGGAGCAGGAGGAGGAGCUGGAGAAGACGGUCAUCCAUAACGAUAACGAGGAGCUCAUUAAAGUGGAGGGAACCAAAAUAGUGCUGGGCAAACAGCUCAUCGAGAGUGCGGAUGAGGUGAGGAGAAAGUCUCUUGUGCUGAAAUUUCCUAAACAGCAGCUUCCUCCUAAAAAGAAGAGACGCGUCGGCAGCACCGUCCACUGCGACUACCUGAACCGUCCUCAUAAAUCCAUCCAUCGCAGGAGAACCGACCCCAUGGUCACUCUGUCGUCCGUACUGGAGAGCGUCAUUAACGACAUGAGGGAUCAUCCUAACACGUACCCGUUCCACACUCCGGUGAAUGGGAAGGUGGUGAAGGAUUAUUAUAAGAUCAUCACCAGGCCGAUGGACCUCCAGGCGCUGCGUGAGAACGUCAGGAAGCGCCUGUACCCCUCACGAGAGGAAUUCCGGGAGAGCGUCGAGCUCAUCGUCAAGAACAGCGGCACAUACAACGGAGCCAAGCACCCUCUGACGCAGGUGGCUCAGGCCAUGCUGGACCUGUGUGAUGAAAAACUGAAGGAGAAAGAGGAGCGUCUGGUUCGUUUGGAGAAGGCUAUAAACCCCUUGCUGGAUGAUGAUGAUCAGGUGGCCUUCUCCUUUAUCCUGGAUAACAUCGUCACUCAGAAGAUGAUGGCUGUUCCUGAGUCCUGGCCGUUCCACCAUCCCGUCAACAAGAAGUUCGUUCCUGAUUAUUAUAAAGUCAUCACCAACCCCAUGGACCUGGAGUCGCUCCGCAAGAACAUCUCCAAGCACAAGUACCAGAAUCGGGAGGUGUUCCUGGCAGACGUUAGUCUGAUCCACACCAACAGUGUCAAGUACAACGGUUCUGACAGCACCUACACUAAAACUGCUCUGGAGAUUGUGAGUGUGUGUAAGCAGACUCUAGCAGAGUAUGAUGAACACUUGACUCAGUUGGAGAAGGAUAUCUGUACCGCUAAAGAAGCUGCUCUCGAUGCUGCUGAUCUCGACAGUCUGGACCCACUAACACCCGGACCGUACACACCUCAGGGUCGCGGGCGUGGUCGAUUGGGAGAGGAGGAGUCUGAUGUCGAUAUCGAAGGAUUUGAAGAGGACGAUGAUGGCAAACCUAAAACACCUGCACCGGCUGAGGAGAGAGAUCUGGACGAUGAUGACGAGGAUGAUGAUGAGCUCCGGGUUCCUCUGGAGGAAGAGGAGGAAGAGGAUGACGAUGAAGGGUCACGGCAGGUGCAGUCCAGCAUUCUCUAUCAGGACCUGCUGAUGUCAGACGGAGAGGACGAGGGCACCGACGAGGAGGGCGACAACCCGUUCUCCUCGAUCCACCUAUCAGAGAGCGGCAGUGACAGCGAUCGCGAGACGCCGCAUCAGGACUCCAGUCGUAUGGGCAUGGAGCACGAGGAGAGCAUGAUGUCAUACGAGGGGGAGGGGCCUGACGAGGACACACACAUGGAGGACAGCAACGUCAGUUAUGGCAGCUAUGAUGAAGGAGACAGCCGACUCCAGGGGCGGAGCUUCAGUCCAGACGGGGAGGGGCUGGGGCUGGAGCAGGGGGAGGGGCUUGGCGAUGGCGUCAGCGAUGAAGAGGAGGAAGAGGACGAGGAACAGAGGCGAGGACCGAGCGUGCUCACUAGAGUCCAGCUCAGCGAGGACGAGGACAGCGAGGACUUUCAGUCCAUCGAGGGAGACAGUGACGUCGACUCUGAUAACUAACUCUCACUCGCGUGCUAAAGUUUGUGCACCCCUGGUUUCACUUGAUGUCUUGUUGAUUUUUCUAUCAGGAAGUAACAACACAAACUUUUAUCUGCUGAAUUUAAUGAUUCUUUAAAAAAAAAAAACUUGAAUAAAACAAGAAUUGUAUCUGGAGGGUGUGUUUACUUAUUCUUGUAUAGAAAAUAAAGACGUGUAGUUAGAGCAGGGGUGUCCAAACACCCUCACGCUCUCCUGUGGGUUCGUUCUGAAGUUUGUAUAAUAUAAAUCAUGUUUCAUUUGUCACGUUAAGCUUUUAUUAUUUUUAUUAUUUGAAAUGUUAUUCUGAUGUGAGCUGUGGAUCAUAAUAAAGACUUUUUUUUAAUAUCA